AUGGAGGCCCCGGAGGUGCCGACGCUCGCCCUCAACUUUAGCCUCGAGUCACCCCAGCAACGCUGGCGGAAUGUCUUGGCGCAGUCCAACAAGGAGAUGCUGCAGGAGCUGCUCGCCUCGGCAAGUGGAGCAGACUCCAGGACGAUUGAAGAAAUUGCAAUGACGGUGGCCGACCGUGUUCUAGCCAGCGAGCCCGUGCAGAGCCUGCUAGAAGCGGACGGGGCGUUAAGUCCACUGGUGAAGCCCAUGCACAGCGAGGACUUGCUAAAAGGCCCACAGCUGGAAGACAUCCAGGUUACGGAAUGGAACAUCUGGAGUGGCAAGGUCAAGGACGCAAAGACAGCGGAAGAAGAGCUGCGCAAGUCAUCAAAGUGUUCUCCCCAGGGUGCAAGGAGCCAUUCCGUGGACUUCGAGAUGCGCGAAUUGGAGCAUCGCAUGCCGGAGCAAGUAAGCUGCUCCUCCGAGGAUGGCGAACUGAGAAACAGGAUGCAUGCCGGCCUAGAGCUUCGAACCACCACCCAGCAGUACACGUGGAUGCGCUGGGAGGGAAAGCCAAAGGCUGUGCUACUCGUGGCCAAGCAAGGUGACAGAGAUGUCACACGCAAGCUCCGAGACAUCGCCUCAUGGAUCGAUUCUCAAGGUUGCUAUGUAGUGCUGGAGCCCGAUCUGUGGGAUGAAGUACAGGGGAGGAGCCCUGGAAUCAAACCCGAACCAUCGCCUCGUAAAGUUUGUUGGUGUGCUGACCCAUGCGAUUGCAAACGGAUGGUCAGCAAAGCGAAGCGUGAAGAGACGACCUUCGCUCCCAAGUGGCAAUGGGGCGGUUCCGAGGGUCUUCCCCCUGGGUUUGCAGAACGUUGCCGUACCUGGACACCGAAGCAAGACAAGCUUGAGGAACACAUCGACUUGGUGAUCUCUUUGGGGGGUGAUGGGACCCUUUGCUGGACUUCAGGACUUUUUGCAGGUGCUAUGCCGCCAGUUAUUGCUUUUGCUGCUGGAUCACUGGGUUUUUUGACUCCCUUUCCGCUCUCGGACUGGAUGAGCGUCCUCAUGCCAGUCCUGGGCUCAAAGAGCGAGGUGGCCCCGCCAUUGCAGCUGGUUUGCAGGAUGCGAUUUCAGAUGCGGCUGUCUCGACACGAGGAAGAUCCUGAAAGUUCACCGGCCAUCCCUGUGCAGUCCAUGAAUGAGGUUUUGGUGCACAGAGGGGCCUCACCGCAUCUAGUCAAACUGGAUGUUUGUGUUAAUGACAAGAGCGUGACGAUGGUGCAAGGGGAUGGCCUCAUCAUCGCGACACCCACGGGAAGCACCGCCUACUCAUUGGCGGCAGGGGGCUCCAUGAUGCACCCAGCGGUGCCUGGCAUUAUCCUGACGCCAGUCUGCCCGCAUUCUUUGUCUUUCCGGCCAGUGGUAUUGCCGGACAGCGCAGUUGUGAAAGUUCGAGUGCCCACAAGUGCUCGGAGCUCCCGUGUCAUGGUGGCUGUCGAUGGCAAGGAUCGCAUCGAGCUGAAGCGUGGUGACUCCAUAGAGGUGUCAGUUUCACAGUAUCCCCUUCCGACCAUUUGCAGAGCUUCCGUCACGCGAGACUGGUUCCGAUCUGUCAAUGAAGCACUUCAAUGGAACCGGCGCUUGGAGCAGAAAGGUGGAAAGUUCCAAAAAUAA